AUGCCGACAAGUGAUGGCUCGAGCCGCUUCCCGGUCUUUGCGGCUCCCCCUAAAGGCAACCACCAGCGUUCCCCAGGUUACGUGCCGGGGCGGGUGGCUCCAGUCCGCUCACCCCUGCCGGCGAAAGCGCCACCUCCGCCGCCGAUCAAACCACACGGUCUGCCGCCGCAGCGACAAGCCACUUUCAUCUUGUCGGAGGACAACCAACGGCGGGAGUGUGUUCAGAGCCCCAAGCUUAGAAAGAACACGCUCAUCUGCUUCGGGGUGUCCAUGGGAGCCUUCUUCUUAUGCCUCAUACUUGUUCUUAGUCUCACUAGUGGGGACAUUUUAGACGAGAAUUGUCCCGAUCACAACCCGUCCCUGAGUAACUGGAACCCAGGCCACCAGCCAGAAAAGACUAUUAUUGUCGGGAGAGGAAAUCUAUUUCGAUUGGAGUCUUCUGCGACGUUCCGCUCCCUCAAAAUCCAAUCGGGAGGGCGUAUAGUCUUUGCGGACAAAGCAGAUGGCUCUAAGAACAUAACCUUGAGAACACAUCACAUCCUGAUUGAAAAUGGUGGUGCACUACACAUCGGCGCACCCAAAUGUCGCUACCGUUCCCGUGCUGUUAUCACCCUGACUGGCCGCUCCGACAGCAAGGACGUCUCCGAAGUACCCAUUUUCGGACGCAAGUUCAUUGGCGUCAUGAGCGGCGGAAGCUUGGAGCUUCAUGGUACAGAAAGAAUAUCGUGGUCACUGUUAACAAAGAGCGUGCCUGCCUCUGGCCUGACCACAGGAGGCGAUAGCUUCCAGCGUAACUUCAGCAGAGGCAUCAACCUGCGCGUGGUGGAUCAGGACACGGCCGACGUCCUGCUCAGGGAACGUUACGACACCCACGAAUCCCGCAAUGACAGUCGGCGCCUCACCCGGCUGCUCAGGACCCUGCCGAUGGGUCGCAUCGUGGCACUCGCCGUCGGAGACUCUGCCGUCAAAAGUCUUCUGGAUGAAACCAAGAAAGCUAUCGAAGACACGCUUGGUAGCAGCUACGUCUCUGAUCUCAAGUACAGGCAGGCUUGGGCUUUGGUCUCAGUGGUGGGGGGAGGUAAUGCAUCAUGCUCGGAGGAUGUCCGGGAGCACGAGAAUCAUGACACUGGGGGCAGAGCGCUGGCAAGAAGGAACUUCACCACCGUCAAUGGCGUGCACUUCUCUGUCACGGCUUACAGCGAGUGGAAGAAUGGUUUCCCUAUUUCGGGCUUCCAGGUGGAUGCCGUUGAUCAAGUGAUGCUCAAUCUGCAGGAUGAGGUGCAGCAAACCUGGCAACCCGGCGAUCAAAUUGUUGUCGCCAGCACUGAUUAUUCCAUGCAUCAAGCAGAGGAGUUUACCCUAUUACCCUGCCCUCAUUGUACUAGUCAGCAGGUCCGAAUACAGGGGAAGCCUCUUUACAACCAUGUCGGCGAGAUUGUCGAUGGAGUGGACAUGCGUGCUGAGGUGGCUCUACUCUCGAGGAACAUUCUUAUCUACGGGGAAAUGGAAAACUCAUGCUACGGAAAUAACCUGUGUCAAUUCUACAGCCAUGACACCUACGGAGGGCACAUCAAGAUUUUUGGAAACUUCUCCUCUGUGCAUCUCUCUUACGUGGAGCUGAAAAACAUGGGCCAGCAAGGGGAGAAGAGUCACUACCCCAUCCACUUCCACAAGUGUGGCGACGUGGACCAGAAGGGAGGCUACUGGGAGCCCACCUAUGUGGAUGGACUCUCCAUACACCACUCGUUCUCUCGCUGUCUCACCGUCCAUGCCACUAACGGCUUGCUGAUAAAGAACACUGUGGGCUACGACACACUGGGUCACUGCUUCUUCCUGGAGGAUGGCAUCGAGCAACGGAACACUUUCUACCACAACCUGGGCCUGCUGACGCGACCCGGUACUCUGCUUCCCACUGACCGCAACGAUAGCCUCUGCCUCAGCAUUAAGGACAAAGUCUACAAAGGCUACACUCCUUCGCCCAGCACAGAGUGCAAGGCGGUUUCAACCUUCUGGAUCGCUAACCCCAACAACAAUCUUAUCAACAACGCUGCUGCUGGUUCUCAGGACGCUGGCAUAUGGUUUGUGUUCCACAGCUCCUCAACAGGAGACUCUCACGGCUUGGUACCAGAGACGAAAGCGGAACUUACCCCUCUGGGAAUUUUCUACAACAACCGCGUUCACUCCAACUUCAAGGCCGGGUUGUUCAUUGAUAAAGGAGUGAAGACCACUAAUGCAAGUGCUGCAGACCCCAGAGAAUACCUGUGUCUGGACAAUAAUGCCAGAUUCCGACCUCACCAAAAUGCUGAUCCAAACCAACCUCGAGUGGCAGCAGUUAUCGACACGCUACUCUCCUUCAAGAACAACGACAUGGGCGCAUGGAUACGAGGCGGUGACAUCGUUAUCCAGAAUUCAGGCUUUGCAGACAAUGGAGUGGGAUUAUCCUUUGCCAGUGACGGCAGUUACCCAAAAGAUGAGGGCUCCAGUCAGGAAGUGACACAGUCUCUGUUUGUGGGAGAAAGUCAAAACCGGGGUACCAAUGGAGGACAGAAUAAAUACUGGGGUUUAGGAGGUACCGACGGGAAGAUGAGGACUCUUCCAAGAAACAAGACAUUCCCUAUCCGAGGAUUCCAGAUCUACGACGGGCCGGUGCGGUUGACCCACAGCACCUUCCGCAAUUUUAUCCCCCUUCCAGAUCGUUACACCAGCGCGGUGGGCUUCAGCCUGAAGAACACCUGGCAGCUGACUCCGCGAAACAACAUGUCCCAUCUCCACUUCCACUCCACUGUGGAACUGCGGUCCUUCUUUGGUCGCCCGGGGCAGUGGUUUGACGGGAAUGACCUGGAUGGAGACAAGAACUCCAUUUUUCAUGAUGUGGACGGCUCAGUCACAGGCUAUGAGGACACUUAUGUGGGAAGGGCUGACAACUACCUCAUCCAACAUCCUCGCUGUGUGAACAAACCUGAAUGGAAUGGUGUGAUUUGUAGUGGCCGCUUCUCUCAGGUGUACAUCCAGACCCAAGGUGCUCCAAGCCUCACUCUGUCCAUCAACAGAGACGAGUACCCCAAUGCUCCUCUUGUUCUAAGGGGCAUCAACAGCCAGGGGGCGCCAUCGCAACAGUAUCAGCCAGUCUUGAUGAUGAGCAAGAGCUACACUCUGCAUUGGAGCGGAGCGGCACCCAGAGAAGUAGUCCUCUCCCUCAUCAAUUUUGACAAAGAUGACUGGGUGCUGUUUGGACUGUGCUACCCACCUGACACCACUUUCCAGAUCAUGGCUGACAUCAACGACAGGCAGAGCAACACUUUUGAUGACAUCACCGACUAUGGGCCUGUGUUCUCUCUCGCCGAGUUGGAGUCGAGACCUUUGGAUAGGAAGUACUACUUUGACCAAAAUGUUGGCUUGCUGUGGCUGUACCUGCGAGCCCGGCACAAUCGCGACGGUCACAGCUACUGCUCACUCAAAGGCUGCGAGAGAGUCAAAGUCACGGCCACUACGUCUUCCCAGCAGAAGUGCAACUGCACCAGUGAGGCCUACCCCAAAUACGCCAAACCCCCUUCGGCUGUCCUGCCCAUGCCGGCCCCACACACAGAAUCCUGCAAGGACUGUGGAGCCAAACAGCACAUUUUUACCAGUGAGCCGUGGACAUCUUACCUCAAGACGCAAGUCAAGUCUGUCAGUGUAAAGGAGCAACAAGGAAGAGACGGCGCCUCCUUUAUCGCUGUAAAUGAAGACAUGAUGCCUUUAACUCAGCCUGGCUAUCUAGUAGUGUCUGUAGACGCCUGCUCUGGCAAAGUUAUCAAGAAGGUCUCGUUUGGCAAGAUGGACGCCAAGAUGAAGCAGCACUUAACGAGCGGAAUACCAAAGAGGUCCAUUGUGCUGAUGGCAACGCGAGGUCAGCCUGAGGGGCUUCCUGAUGUGGCGCCGUAUCUCGUCUCUUUCGGUUUAGCCAAAGCAGCAGACUUACACAAUAAAGAAAGCGUGGCACUCUGGGCUUUCCAUGGCAGUGCCUCCCCACCUCCCUGGGUGUGUCUCAAGACAGGCCAAGGGGACCUCGUCCUGGGCCAUCAGGAGCGCUACUUACCGCUGGCGCUCCCAGCGUACGACUGUCCGCCACCUGCGUCUCAGCAGACACGCAGAGACCUGCAGCUGCUCAAGCGAGCCACAGGGCUCCAGUGA